AUGACAUCUACGCAACAGAAAGGUAUUUCAACUGAGCGCGUUUGCAAUCCAACCGCUGUGAAUUUUAUCGAUCUUGAAUGCGCAAUUUGUCAUGAUAUUCUCUGGAAACCCGUCGCUUGUCAAUCAUGUGAAACGCCUUUUUGUUCACCGUGUAUUCAACAAUGGUUGAAAGGUACUUCGAAGUGUCCGAAUGGCUGUAAAACCUAUUCGGAGCGCAAGUGUCCUCCAUUUAUCGCCAGAUUACUUGCUCGUUUGCAAAUUUCUUGUUUUUAUAAAUCAAAGGGCUGCACCCAAAUUUGCUACUACGAAGCCUUGGACAAACACGAGCUCGUAUGCAGUCAUCAAUCAAUGCAGUGUGCCGGGUGUGAACUAAGCAUUCUGAAAAAAGAUCUAGUUACUCACAAGCGAACUUGUGCCGCUGUCCGAGUGUCAUGUAAAGAUUGUAAAGCGACUUAUAAACGGGGUGAUUUCGCGAAAAAACAUAAUAACAGUACAUGUUUGAAACAACAGAUGCGACAGCUUCGAGAUCAAACUACGGAAAAUAAGCUCACUAUUCAAAUGUUGACGAACCAACUUCAUGAUUUAUUAACAUGGAGAGGUCGCCUAAGCCAAGAGAAGCCAAUCAUAUUCGAUGACUUGACAGAGGACGCGCAAGAGACACAUUGGAUGCCUGCUCACUACAAAUCACUGAAAUGGUCGAAGUUAGUCUACAUGUCACGACCGUAUGCGGCUGCAACAUAUCCAACAAGUGGCUAUAUGGCAGCGUUUAUAGCUUCAGGCAAUCAAAAUCUAGCAUUUUUCAAUGAGGAAGCAACGAUUAGCGGUGAGACAGCUACUCCAUCAUUCGACCUUGAUUCGCUGUCAGUGUGUGCUGCGUGGAACGAGAAUUUGAAAUUAAUCUUAACAGGCUACCGCAAAUCUGUCGAAGUAAGCACUUUCACAACUUUACUUCAAUUCGGUAAACCACAAAACAUCUCUCUCAAAUGGCAAAAUAUCGAUAAACUUGUUCUACAACCAGUUGGCGAAAGUGCACUUAUAGAAAAUCAAGAAACACCAAGUGAUACACAUUGUAUUAUAACUCAAUUGAAAGUACAUGAGGCAUCAUCUCAUUAG